AUGAAAUCUAUUUAUUCAUAUCUAUCUAUCUAUCAAUCUAUCUAUCUAUAUAUUAUCUAUCUAUCUAUAUUUUCAUAUUUAUCUAUCUAUGAAAUCUAUCUUUAUUAUCUAUCUAUCUAUCUAUCUAUCUUUUAUCUAUUUUCAUACCUAGUUUUUUCAUAUCUAUCUAUCUAUGAAAGCUAUCUUUAUUCAUAUCUAUCUAUCUAUCAAUCUAUCUAUCUAUCUAUCUUUCUCAUUUUAGUAUUAUCUAUCAUUAUCUAUCUAUCUAUCUAUUUAUAUCUAUCUAUCUAUCAAUCUAUCUAUCUAUCUAUCUAUUAUCUAUUUUCUAUUUAUAUCUGUUUAUCUAUCUAUAUCUAUCUAUCUAUCUUUCUAUCUAUCUAUCUAUCUAUCUAUCAAUCUAUCUAUAUCUAUCUCUUUUCAUCACAAAUUUUCCAUUAUUAUCUAUCUAUCUAUCUAUCUAUCUAUCUAUCUCAUUAUCUAUCUAUCUAUCUAUCUAUCUAUCUAUCUAUCUAUCUAUCUAUCUAUCUAUUAUCUAUCUAUAUUUUCAUUAUUUUCUAUCUAUCUAUUUAUCUAUCUAUCUAUCUAUCUAUUAUCUAUCUAUCUAUCUAUCAUCAAUCUAUCUAUCUAUCUAUCUUUUUCAUACCUAUUUUACUAGCUAUGAAAUCUAUUUUAUUCAUAUCUAUCUAUCUAUCUAUCUAUCUAUCUAUCUAUCUAUUUUCAUACCUAUUUAAGUAUUCUCAUAUCAGUUUAUCUAUCUAUCUAUCUAUCUAUUUUAUUCAUAUCUAUCUAUCUAUCUUCAAUCUAUCUAUCUAUCUAUUUUCAUAUCUAUUUUAG